GGAAAAGAUUUUACAGCUUUAGGUUAGUUGAAAACAGUGCCAUAACGGUUGUAUGCAUGUGAGCUGAGGCAAAAGAAUGAGUGGAAAUAUUGUAUUCACAACAGCUGAUUAUGAAGACAGUGAUGAUGAGGACUUUGAUGAUGUGGAGGAAUAUGAGGACAAUAUGGAAACAUUUUCCUCAACUCCUGCAACAACAGCAACACCAACAGGCACAGCAGCAACUCCAACAAACAGCACAGUUGUGCAACCAAAUGUGGCUACCCAGUCAGCCUCUGCUUCAGGGUUUCCAGGGCAAGGACUUUUAUCCCAAACUUUGCAGACAUUAAGCAAUGUUGUGCAACAUGGUGCCCAAAUGCUUCAAAGACAGCAACCACCUAAUGCACAGGAUGAUGAUGAUGAUGAUGAUGAUGAUGAUGUCAUUUUGGUAGAUGAAGCAAAUCCCCCCCAAACAAGACAGGGUGGGCAAGAGUUUGUUCCCCUUCAUCUACCACCAGUAGAGCUUGAGAGUACCAAUUAUUUGAGUGAGGAACAGUUAAACUUAUGGCAUGAUUUUUUCAAUGUUACUCCAAUAAACUCGGAGGAAUUCUUUGUGGAGUAUGGUGCAUACUACUCAGCCAGAAGAACCCUAUGGAAUCGAGGUUGGGUCACCAUCAUAGGUUUCCCUGGUGAUGGAAAGAAAUCCCUAGCUGAGCAUCUUCUCAUAAAGUUUGUUAAGAAACCCGAGAAACUUGUUCCAAGACCAGAGAUGAGACAUAGAAAUGAGUGGGAAAGAAUAGCAUUAGAUGAAGAAGGCAGAGAACAAUACACUGUUGUGAUCGUCAACUCUUAUGAAAAAUGGCGACGCAAAGUUAAUCCUAGCAAAAAACAGUGUGUGCUGAUAGAUAAGAUAUUUGGUCCUGCAACAUACACUGUAUCAAAGGUUGAAGAGUGGAUAAACCAUCUUGAUGAAAUUCUUGAAACUGCUGUCCAAAAUAGACCAAAUACUUUAGUUAUCAUCACAUUUCAAAAGCAUCAACUGGAGAAAAUUCACCCAAGAGUAACACUAUGUCCUUUGUUUCAAACAAAACAUGUGAUUGAUCUAUCAUUAGACAAGUACAAGCCCGGGAAUUAUGACAGGAUGAAGAUUCUAGAAGGUUGCUGUGGAGGAAAGCAUGGCUUAUCUUACAGAGAACAGGAUGAGAUUGAGAAAGCUAAUAACAACUCGUACGCCUACCAUAGCCGACUCUACGCAGGUGUCAAAAGUUUCCAUAUGGAAGGACAGCAGUAUUUCAAAAACCCUGAAAAAUCAGUGGAAACUGUGCUUCAGAAAGUAUAUAGUUUUGAUAAAAUUAUUUACUACACUCUGGCAUGUGUGGGGUUGUUGGAUGGAAAGAUUGAACUGGAUAAAGAGAGGUUUGAAGAUUAUACAGAUUUUCAGCAAAAUAUUUUUAGACAACUUAGAACGGCUUUAAGUGUUCCAGAUGAUAUGAGUUUGGAAAAGAUGAGGUACGCAUGUACUCUUCUUUCAGGAGUGUUUCUGGAACCAGAGUUGCAUCAUUGGAAAUUCUGCCAUGAAAGAAUGUUCUACUUUGUGACUGAUUCAGUAUUUAGAAAAAUUCCUCAAAAAAUUCUGGAAAUCUGUAGUUUAGAUUUUUUGAAUGAAUGCAUUAGAACAUCUAGUUACUUCACAAUUACCAUGGAAUCUAACCUGAGUGUUUGGAAUAAAGACUAUAGUUCACUGAGCCAAAGACUUGUUUUUGAAAUUUUGAAAGGCAAUGUCAGACUUAUAGCAUCACACCCAAGUCUGUGUGAUGUGAGAUUUGGAGAAGCUUUUGUCAAAUUCAUGGGGGAAAUGGGAAGUCUGCAACCUGUCCUUCAGCAAAGGGGAGAAUAUAAUCGUACCUUUUUCUUUUGGGUUUGCUACUAUGGACAAGACCAAACCAUCAAGCAUUUAAUAAAACAUGAUGAUUUUAAAGACUUCAAACAACAUGAGUGGUUCAAAGAAGAGUUGGACAUCUCUCUGUUUGCAGCUUGCUAUGGGAAUGGCAUGAAUUACGGAAGACUUGUAAAAAUGCUGAUAGAAGAAGGAGCUUCAUUGACUGCCACUGACCCAUUACCAGAUGAAGAUUUUCUUGUUCUAUAUGGACAGGAAAUAUUUGAUUUAGUUAGGAAGCUCCGAGCCCCAUUGCUUCAUGUUGCAGCAGUGUAUGGGUCACAUGAUACAAUGCAAUCUUUGAUAGAGAAAGGUGUAAUUGUGAAUGAGAAGACAGAAGAUGGAUUUACAGUUUAUCACAGAGCCGCCAGAAAUCCAGAUGAUGGAGCACUUAGAGCACUUUUGAAGUCUAAACCAGACAUCAAUUCUAUUAAGAGUGCAACUGGAAGCUUGCCAAUUCACGAAGCCAUACGAUGUGGGGGAGAAAGUGCAACACGUCAGCUCCACUGGAGCGGAAGUGACAUCAAAGACAAUUACAAAAUGGACGAUGGUAGAUCAAUGCUAGCUGCAGCAACUGGUGUUGGGGUAGAAGGAAUUGUCAGGACUAUUACGAAUGCAAUGACAAAGCCAAAGCCGGAAGGAUGCCAAGAUAACUGGCCAGCUUUACAUACUGCUUGUGCCUUUGGAAAUAUUGAACUAGUGAAGACUUUGCUUGAAAGAGAUAUACCUGUUAAUGCAAAAGGCCUUGGUGGAUGGACUGCACUUCAUUUUGCAGUACUUUUCAAUCAACCGAGAAUAAUAAGCAUGUUACUAGACAAAAAUGCAGAUGUGAAUUGCCAAGCAGAAGACAAGAAAACCCCUCUGCACAUCGCAGCAGAAAAUGGUUAUUGGCAUCUGGUCGAUGUUCUGUUGGAUAAAAAGGCCACUCCAGAAAGUACCACAAAAGAAGGCGACUUUGCAAUAACAUCGGCAGCUCUGAACGGUCACAUAGAAAUAGUGAAAACGUUGAUCGAAGAAGGGAUAGAACUUGAGUUUCCAAAGGAAAGGGAGGAAGAUCCACAUGAAAGAGAGCGUAUGAUGCGAAUGAUGAUGAUGCAUGCACGAGAGCGCGAGAGAGAGCGGGACAGGAUGAAAAUGCGAAACAUGAAAGAUUUCAAGGAUAUGAAAAAAUAGUGAUGUCCCUAAAGAAAUCUUGGUUUCUUCUUAAUGAAAAUUUAAUUUUUGAAGACCAGUGCUGCAGAGUUGUUAUGAUGAGAGAGCAAUGACGCAAGGCGGGAAUCUAUUAUCAGGGGAAAAGAACAAGGGACGAUAACAUCGUUUGCAUGGACGUUUAGACUUUGAUUUGUCGGUUACAUGUACGUGUCGACUGACUUGGCUUGGACUUCCGUGAAGCAGUCUCCUCAUGUAUUCCUAAUGCCAUUAAUAUGGACCUGAUUCUUGUAAACAGGCAGCAGUAUUUUACCGAUCAUCGUUAAAGCUUAUAAAUAUUCUUAAUAUUCAAGGACGCUGAAUUAAUUUUAGUUUCAUUGUAUAAUUUAAAAAAAUUUCAUUCGUUGUUAUAAUUUUUUAAAAUUUAAAUUGUUUUACACGUAGAACUGAAAAUGAACUUUUAAAAAAACUCCGAAAAUCCGCAUUCCAAACAAUUUCUCUGCACAUUUCUUCAAAAAAAAAUAAAUUCUCCAAAAGACAAAGGAAUUUUCUUAACUAUUUUUGAGUAUGGAAUGUCUUUCCCAGAGAUGUUUAUUUAUUUCACUAUGACCUUAAGACAUUUUCGUAUAAUACA